CCGGGGAAAGAAACAAAAACAACGCUUUCAUUUGCGUGCAGGUAAAUCUCUGGUGCUCUGCUGCGCUGUGAACAGAUUGCUUUAAAUCGAUAAAGUAUGGACAUCUCACCGAUAGAGGAUCUUAAAAUCACCCCAGACAUUGUACAGCCGUACCCCGAUCCAUCCGUCGGUCGGGAGGGAGUGAUUGUCAUAGACAAUGGCUCGUUCAACUGCCGUGCAGGCUGGAUGUUGAAGGAAAAGCCAGCAUUGGUGUUUCGCAAUAUCCUGGCCAAACCGCGGAAGGAUCGCAACAAAAAAGACAUCGAAGUGGCCACCGUUCCUGUGACACAGAUUGGCAACGACAUAGUGAACAUCGAGGCAUUGCGGCUUCAGUUGCGCACACAGUUUGAUCGCAAUGUCGUCACACACUACAAUGUACAAGAGCAAAUAUUUGACUACAUUUUCACCAAGCUUGGAAUCAAUUCGGAAAACAGCGUGCCACACAAGGUCAUGAUUACGGAGUGUUUGUUCAAUCCAAACUACUGCCGAAGUUUGAUGUCGGAGCUGCUCUUCGAAUGCUACGACAUACCGGGCCUUUCGUACGGUGUGGAUAGCCUACUGAGCUUUCACUCGAAUCAGCGUGGGAAGAGCGGACUGAUCAUCGCCACCGGUUAUCACACCACUCACGUCGUGCCAGUGCUGAACGGACGCAUGGUGGUGGAAAAUAUACGCCGCAUAAAUAUUGGCGGAUCGCACAUGAUCGCCUUUCUGCACCGAUGUUUGCAGCUGAAGUAUACAUUCCACCUUAACGCGAUCACGUUGAGUCGUUCGGAGGUUUUGCUGCACAAGUAUGGAGAGUUUGCGUACGACUACAUGGAGGCGCUCCAAAACUGGGCCUGCCUGACAUAUUAUGACCAAAACGUGAAGAAAAUACAGCUGCCCUACAACCAGACCACUGCAGCGCCGGCACUAACGACGGAGCAGAAGUUUGAAAAGAAAAAAGAGCUUUCUAAACGAUUGGCAGAGAUCAAUGCACGGCGGCGUGAGGAACGACUGGCGCAGGAUGAGGAAUUGCUAAUGCAGCUACAGCAGCUAGAAGAGUCCGCGGAAGAUGGAGAGGACAUUCGCGAUGGUUUGGUCGAGCACAGCAUCAAAGACGUGGGCGAGCUGAAACGGAUGAUUGCCACCGUAAAUUCUCGAAUCGAAAAAGCGCGCCAAAAAAUGAACGCACCAUGCGCGGGCGGCUCCCAGUCGCAGCUGCAAUCCGAUUCGGACAAAUUAUUACAACCCCCGCCCAACAUGUCUGUGGUCGAGUGGGUCGAGGAAACGCGCCGCAAGCGUGACGCCAUAAUAGAGAAACGACAAGCGCGAAGGCAGCGUAAGCAGGACCUUGCCAAGCGGCGGACGGCAGCCGCUCAGGAGCGAAUGCGCAUCAUUUCCCACCUCGCCCGAAAAGAGAAGGGUAGCGAUGAUUUCGGAAUGCGCGACGAGGACUGGGAUGUGUAUAAGCAAAUCAGUCGCGAAGAGGAUAGCGACAAUGAGAACGACAGUGAACGUUUGGUGGAGUACGACAUUAUUCUCAAGCAGUACGAUUCAACGUACGAAGAUCCGCUGCUGACGAUGUCCGGCAAUGCCGCCGAGCUGUACCAGCUGCAUGUUGGCGUGGAACGUAUCCGCGCUCCUGAAAUUCUGUUCCAACCAAGCAUCAUCGGCAGCUACGAAGCGGGACUGGCCGAAACGAUUGACUUUGUGUUGAAGCUGUUUCCCGCCGAGCAGCGAGGUUGCUUGGUAAACAAUAUUUUUCUGACUGGCGGGUGUGCCAAAAUCCGUGGCCUGAAAGACCGACUGUCGAGAGAGAUGAGGGAAAUGCUUCCAUUUGAGUCUAGGUUCGAAAUCGAGGUUGCUCGCGAACCAGUGUUGGACGCUUGGAACGGAGCGAGCAAGUUUUGUUUAACCGAGACAUUUCGCCAAUCACUGAUAACUCGUCCAAUGUACGAAGAAUGUGGUGGAGAGUACCUAAAAGAACACGUGCAUGGUAACGUUUACUUCCCAACGCCAAAAGAUUGUGGCGAUCAGCUGACGGGAUGAGAAGAAGCCAAGAGCUAAUAAAAACUUAUUUUUUUACUGAU